AUGUCUCAUGUCAUUCUCUUUAACCUCUCACUCAUUCUCUGUCCCUCUCCUUUAUCCUCACUCAAUCACUCACUGUCUCUGUCUCAUGUAUUGUCUACCUCUCAAUCAUUCUCUUUAUCCCUCCUCAUUUCAUUCCUGUCUCUGUCUCUGUCUCAUUGUCUUUGUCUACCUCUCACUCAUUCUCUUUACCUCUCCCUCAUUCUCAAUCACUCACUGUCUCUGUCUCAUGUAAUCAUUCUCUUUAUACCUCUCAUUUCUCACUGUCUCUUUAUAUUGUCAACCUCUCACUCAUUCUCUUUAUCCCUCACUCAAUCUCCUGUCUCUGUCUCAUGUAUUUGUCUACCUCUCACUCAUUCUCUUUAUCCCUCCUCUUUCCUCACUGUCUGCCUCAUGCACUCAUUGUCUACCUCUCACUCAUUCUCUUGUCCCUCCUCACUCAUUCCUCCUGUCUCUGUCUCUGUCUACCUCUCCUCAUUCUCUUUCUCAAUCCUCCUGUCUCUGCCUCAUGUCUACCUCUCCUCAUCCCUCACUCAUUCACUCUCCCAUUCUCUGUCUCAUGUCUGUCUACCUCUCACUCAUUCUCUUUAUCCCUCACUCAAUCACUCCUGUCUCUGUCUCAUGUAUUGUCUACCUCUCCCUCAUUCUCUUUAUCCCUCUAUCAAUCACUCACUGUCUCUGCCUCAUGUAUUGUCUACCUCUCACUCAUUCUCUUUAUCCUCACUCAAUCACUCACUGUCUCUGCCUCAUGUGUUGUCUCCCUCUCCUCAUUCUCUUUAUCCCUCCUCAUUCCUCUCUGUCUCUGUCUCCUCUGUAUUGUCAACAUCUCACUCAUUCUCUUUAUCCCUCUCCUCAUUCCUCCUCACUCAAUCACUCUGUCUCUGUCUCAUGUAUUGUCAACCUCUCCUCAUUCUCUUUAUCCCUCACUCAUUCACUCACUGUCUCUGUCUCAUGUAUUUGUCUACCUCUCCUCAUUCUCUUUAUCCCUCUUCUCAAUCCUCCUGUCUCUGUCUCUCAUGUGUUGUCUACCUCUCCUCAUUCUCUUUAUCCCUCACUCAAUCACUCACUGUCUCUGUCUCAUGUAAUGUCUACCUCUCACUCAUUCUCUUUAUCCCUCCUCAAUCACUCCUGUCUCUGUCUCAUGUAAUGUCUACCUCUCACUCAUUCUCUUUAUCCCUCCUCAAUCACUCACUGUCUCUGCCUCAUGUAUUGUCUACCUCUCAUUCUCUUUCCUCUCCUCUCACUCAUUCUCUUUAUCCCUCACUCAAUCACUCACUGUCUCUGCCUCAUGUAUUGUCUACCUCUCACUCAUUCUCUUUAUCCCUCACUCAAUCACUCACUGUCUCUGCCUCAUGUGUUGUCUACCUCUCCUCAUUCUCUUUCCCCCUCCUCCAAUCCUCCUGUCUCUGCCUCAUGCAUUUGUCUACCUCUCCUCAUUCUCUUUUAUCCCACUCAAUCACUCUCUGUCUCAUGCCUCCUCUUCAUUUGUUUAUCCCUCUCACUCAUUCUUUAUCCCUCACUCAUUCUCUUUAUCCCUCCUCAAUCCUCCUGUCUCUGCCUCAUAUAUUGUCUACCUCUCACUCAUUCUCUUUAUCCCUCCUCAAUCCUCCUGUCUCUGCCUCAUGUAUUGUCUACCUCUCUCUCAUUCUCUUUAUCCCUCCUCAUUCACUCACUGUCUCUGUCUCAUGUUGUCUACCUCUCACUCAUUCUCUUUAUCCCUCACUCAUUCACUGUCUCUGUCUCUGUCUCAUGUCUUUAUCCCUCACUCAAUCACUCAACCUCUCACUCAUUCUCUUUAUCCUGCCUCUCCUCAUCCUAUCCUGUCAGUGCCAAUCUGUUCACUGUCUCUCUCUCUUAUGUAUUUGCCCACCUCUCCUCAUUCAUUCUCUUUAUCCCUCCUCAUUUCCUCCUGUCUCUGUCUCAUGUAUUGUCUACCUCUCACUCAUUCUCUUUAUCCCUCAUUCCCAAUCUGUCCUCUCUGUCUCAUGUACCUGUCUAUUCCUCUCCUCAUUCCUCUCUUCUAUCCCUCACUCCAAUCACUCCUGUCUCUCAUUCCUCACUGUCUCUGUAUUGUCUACCUCUCUCUCAUUCUCUUUAUCCCUCACUCAAUCACUCCUGUCUCUGCCUCAUGUAUUGUCUACCUUCUCCUCAUUCUCUUUAUCCCUCACUCAAUCACUCCUGUCUCUGUCUCAUGUAUUGUCUACCUCUCCUCAUUCUCUUUAUCCCUCACUCAAUCACUCACUGUCUCUGCCUCAUAUUGUCUACAUCUCUACAUUCCCCUCAUUUCUUUCUCUGCCUCACUCUACCCUCAUUCUCAUUCACUCAAUCUCUCUGUAUCUGCCUCAUGUGUGUCUACCUCUCACUCAUUCUCUUUAUCCCUCAAUCCUCACUUCUCUCAUGUAUUGUCUCUGCCUCAUGUCACUUGUCUGCCUCUCCUCAUUCUCUUUAUCCUCCUCAAUCACUCCUGUCUCUGUCUCAUGUAUUGUCUACCUCUCACUCAUUCUCUUUAUCCUGUAUCUGCCUCCAUUCCUCCUGUCUCUGUCUCAUGUAUUGUCUACCUCUCACUCAUUCUCUUUAUCCCUCUUUCAUCUCUGCCUCAAUCCUCCUCAUUCUCUUUCUCUCUGUCUCAUCCUCUCCUGCCUCAUUGUCUACUUCUCCCUCAUUCUCCAUCCUUUCUCUUCUUAUCAUGUAUUAUCUACCUCCAAUCCUCCUCAUUUCCUCCUGUCUCUGUCUCAUUUAACUCCUCCAACCCUCACUCAUUCUCUUUCAUUCUCCCUCUCUCUCUGUCUCAUUUAUUGUUUUCUCACUCCUCUCUUUAUCCAUCACUCAUUCCUCCUGUCUCUGUCUCUGUCUCAUGUAUUGUCUACCUCUCUCUCAUUCUCUUUAUCCACUCUAUCAAUGACUCACUGUCUCUCUGCCUCAUGUAUUGUUUACCUUUCACUCAUUCUCUUUAUCCCUCACUCAAUCACUCCUGUCUCUGUCUCAUGUGUUGUCUACAUUCUCUCCUCCUCAAUCCUCCAUUCUCUUUCUGCCUCUCCUCCUCAUUCCAAUCACUCACUGUCUCUCCCUCAUGUAUUGUCUGUCUCUCACUCAUUCUCUUUAUCCUCACUCAUUCACUCCCCUUCACCUCUCUGUUGUCUCAUGUAUUGUCUCCUCUCCUCAUUCUCUUUAUCCCUCACUCAAUCACUCCUGUCUCUGCCUCAUGUAAUGUCUACCUCUCACUCAUUUCUCUUUAUCCCUCCUCCAAUCACUCCUGUCUCUGUCUCAUGUAUUGUCCACCUCUCACUCAUUCUCUUUAUCCCUCUCCCCUCAUUCACUCACUGUCUCUGCCUCAUGUGUUGUCAACCUCUCACUCAUUCUCUUUAUCCCUCACUCAAUCACUCACUGUCUCUGUCUCUGUGUUGUCUAUUUCUCACUCAUUCUCUUUAUCCUCACUCAAUCACUCACUGUCUCUGCCUCACCCUCUGCCUCAUGUCUACCUCUCACCAUUCUCUUCAUUCUCUCAUCCCUCUUCAUUUUCACUCACUGUGUCUGUCUCAUGUAAUGUCUACCUCUCACUCAUUCUCUUCUAUCCUCACUCAAUCACUCACUGUCUCAUCUCAUGUAUUGUCUACCUCUCACUCAUUCUCUUCAUCCCUCACUCAAUCCUCACUGUCUCUGCCUCAUGCAUUGACUUACUUCUCCAAUCAUUCUCUUUGUUAUCUCCCUCCACUCUUUUUCACUCCUGUCUCUGUCUCAUGUUUAUUGUCUACCUCUCACUCAUUCUCUUUAUCCCUCUCCAAUCCUGUCUCUGUCUCUGUCUCAUGUUUUGUCUACCUCAUUCCUCUUUACCAUUCUCUUUAUCCCUCUAUCAAUCUCCACUGUCUCUGUCUCUGUCUCAUGUAUUUUACACCUCUCCUCAUUCUCUUUAUCCUCACUCAAUCACUCCUGUCUCUGCCUCAUGUAAUGUCUACCUCUCACUCAUUCUCUUUAUCUUCACUCAUUCACUCAUUGUCUCUGCCUCAUUCAUUGUCUGUCUACCUCUAA